CGUCACUCUUUCAUGGUGCGGAUCGUGUACACCGAAGUCCGAACAAGCAAUAAUCGUCGCUCGCAUUCGACGCAGUGCAUCAGUCGGGAUUUCGAGAUACUGCAAGCGGAACGCAAAUCACGAGUCGCAGAGACAGACCGAGAGACUUGAUAGUCGGGACCGCGUGUUAUACACGAGAACGCUUUUUUUCCGAGGCGUAACGAAUAAAGAAGCGGUAGAGGUAGAGCGAGAGGGAGAGCGAGAGUGUGAGAGAGAGAGAGAGUGUGAGUGUGUGUGAGAGUGAGAGAGGGCGAGAGGAGAGUGUGAGAGAGAGUGAGAGAGAGAAAGAGGAGUGAGCGAGGAGAGAGAGAGAGAAAGAGCGGCGCGGCAUCACACCGAACGAGAAAACGGUGCCCCGACGCGGUCGCUGGCGCUGCGUGAAGUCCGGCGAAAUCAUUGACAUUGGGAAACGGCCAUUUUGGCGUGUUGUUUCCCACCGAUCGAGUGCCCGAGGCGCGCAUACAUACAACACGGCAUCGACGUCCAUUCGCUUUCAAGGAAAAAAGAUAGUAGAUAUACUACAGUAUUUCCAAAAUGAUGACCGAAACGCAUAUGAACUCUAAUCAUAUGUUGAAUUCUGGUUUGUCUAACAAAUCAGAGUUAGAUAAAAUGGAUGAUGUAGGUUGGAAAGCCAAAUUAAAAAUUCCACCGAAGGAUAAAAGAAUUAAAACAAGUGAUGUUACCGACACACGUGGUAACGAGUUCGAAGAAUUUUGCCUAAAACGUGAAUUAUUGAUGGGAAUUUUUGAAAAGGGAUGGGAGAAGCCAUCACCGAUCCAAGAAGCUAGUAUUCCCAUCGCACUUUCUGGUAAGGACAUCUUGGCACGUGCGAAAAAUGGAACUGGUAAAACGGGAGCGUACUCAAUUCCAGUGCUGGAACAGGUUGACCCGAGGAAAGACGUAAUCCAAGCACUGGUAAUUGUGCCUACAAGAGAGUUAGCGCUACAAACAUCACAGAUUUGUAUUGAGCUUGCAAAGCACAUGGAAAUAAAAGUUAUGGUUACUACUGGAGGAACUAACUUACGAGACGACAUUAUGAGGAUUUAUCAAAAAGUACAAGUGAUAAUCGCAACGCCAGGAAGGAUCCUUGAUCUGAUGGAUAAGAAUGUGGCAAAUAUGGAGCAUUGUAAAAUUCUAGUUUUGGACGAAGCAGACAAACUGCUAUCGCAAGACUUUAAAGGAAUGUUGGAUCAUGUAAUAUCGAGAUUACCAAACGAACGUCAGAUUUUGCUGUAUUCAGCUACGUUUCCUCUGACUGUGAAACAAUUUAUGGAAAAACACUUGAGAGAUCCAUACGAGAUUAAUUUAAUGGAAGAGUUGACUUUAAAAGGCGUAACACAAUAUUACGCUUUUGUACAGGAACGACAAAAAGUUCACUGCCUUAACACGCUAUUCUCCAAACUGCAAAUAACGCAAAGCAUAAUCUUCUGUAAUUCAACGCAACGCGUCGAAUUACUGGCUAAGAAAAUAACAGACCUUGGGUAUUGCUGUUAUUAUAUACACGCGAAAAUGGCGCAGGCACACCGAAAUCGCGUAUUCCAUGAUUUCCGUGCAGGAUUAUGCCGAAAUCUUGUGAGCAGUGAUCUAUUUACUCGCGGUAUUGACGUUCAGGCUGUAAAUGUCGUAAUCAAUUUUGACUUUCCGAAGAUGGCAGAAACAUAUCUGCAUCGAAUCGGCCGAUCUGGAAGAUUCGGCCACUUAGGUAUAGCAAUUAACCUAAUCACGUAUGAAGAUCGCUUCAAUCUACACCGCAUCGAACAAGAGCUUGGAACAGAAAUUAAACCUAUCCCAAAGGUGAUAGACCCCAGUUUGUACGUGGCGAAACCAGAAGACAAUAGUAUGGAAGAAGGCAACGUGUCCAAGUAGUUUCGAUGCACUGUGGUAAAAUGAAGCUUCACACACGCUCAAAAAAAAAAAAAGUUUAAAGUGUGUGUCAAAGUGUGUCAAAGAGUGAGUUCACUUGUAAAUAAAGCGUACUAAGUCUGAGUAAUAAUGAGCCUGAGUGAUUGAAGUGUCGCGCAAAUGUUGGUGCGAACGGUUUUCUUUGUACAUAAAUACAUUUAAAUGUACAUAAGCUACAGCAAUUCAGAGUCAAGCCAUUAUCAAGAUGCACAAUAUGUAAACAGAUAUGUGAAUAACAUAAUAAUCAAUCAUUGCAUUUUAUCAUAACUGUAAAUACUACAUGCGAGGACAUACAACAUCGUUUUAAUAGAGGAUUUUUAUACAAGGGCUUCAUUCUUCCAGUAUUUUUUUUUCUUCUGUUAUGUAACGACAAUGAAGAAAAAAGGGGCGUACAUAUAUGAUUUAGAAAAUCUAUCGGCCAAUCUCACUGAGUACAACAUACUGAUUCAUGUGCUCAUUACUUUUGUACUGUCAUGCAUAUAUAUAUAUAAAUUGUCCUUAACACCAAUAAGGGUCGUGUGAAUGUAUAUAUAUAUAUAUAAAAGUAUAAAUUGCCCUUAGCGAUUUAUAAAAUUUGGAUAUUAAAUAUCAGUUGUAAUAUUUGAUCAUGGCUUGAUUUUGCUAUCUGUCAAUAUAUUGUCAUACAACUCUGAAAUUCAAAUCACUUGUCAACGCUUAAACUGUAUUUUUUUCUGUUCAAUCAACUACUAGUGAAAUUUUCUUUUUCUUUUUUUUUUUUAAACGCAAUUGGAUUUUCUUUUUACCACAUCGUGAUUGAGAAUCAGAGGUUGUACAAUUGACUAGUUUUAUAUAAUUAUUUUUUAUAAAGAACUGGCUGGUGGACUCCAUACAAAAACAGAGAUUCUAUGGUUGAUGCUGAUAAUAACAUAUGUGUCCAGUCACAGCCUAUAUUUAAUUAUACAACUACAGUCUAUCGAGGCUGAAAUUGAGAUCUAAUAAAAAAAAAUUACGAGGAUUUAUUGGUAAAAUUAAUGAAAAAACGUGGAAUAAAUCGAAUAUUUAACUGAUAAUGGAGCGGAUUAAGUGCAAAUAUGCGGAACUGACACACAAUUCACAGUGGUAUGUGAAUGUGAAGUGCACUGAAUAAAUACUCUUGUCUCUCGUGAAAGAUAAAAUAACUGCCAAAGUUAUUGCAUUAUUGAUAAUAUCGACAUAGAAUCUCUAGAGAUCUCCAUAAAAUUAUGGAUAAGCACGAGAAAGAGUAAAAAACAUGUGCAGGAAAUUUACUGUUCGGUAUGCAUGACGAUAGGGUUGAAAUUUAAGAAUUCGAAAGCCACCAGCCAAAUAUGACUUAGGUUUUUGGAUGUGAAAGAUAUGGAACACUAUGCGAUACCAAAAUAUUUCGUAUUUGAGGGGAAUCCUCUUCGAAUGAAAUAUUAACGGUGAUAGAAGGCGGUUUAAAAUGUAUUUAGGGCUGUAAUAUCAGAAACUGUGAGCUUAUCACGGGAAACUGUAGAUAAUAGAUAAAAACAGUAAUGAGAUAACUGCUGACACAAAAAAAGAGGAAAUUAAAAUUGUAAACAAUUGGACAUUGAACAGACGUGUACAGAAUGUUGAUCUGGACGAAUGGUUGUUCAUGCUCGCUGCCUUCAACCUUCGACCAAUAUACGUAAUUGUUUUGUUCGUAGCGACGUACCGGGGGCAUGGUUUAAGUUUGAAUGCAAGUUCGAAGUGUAUUGUCGAGUACAGAAACAUUCCGCGAAUCUCCAUUUUCGUAGAGGGUAUACCAUCGUAGGCCCGGCUAGCUAAAUAUCGGAGGGACAGAUUCGCAUUUUUAUAUAAGAUGUAUAAUGUAAACGAAUAUGCGUUAUCAUACUCGCGAGUUAGCUUAUCGCGGGCUUCGCAAGUUUCUCGUGUCGUCUUACGAUAUGCAAUUCAUUUCGCGUGUAGAGCUCUACGAUUUUGGAAAAUGUGUACACUCUCGAUCGCGUAUACACUCCUGAUGCCAUAAAUCUGACUCGUCAAUAUACAUGAAGGAAGAAAUCCUUAGGUAAACGUAACACGAUCCCCGCGCGAUUACCGUUUCUGUUUACCGCGGAUAUUUAUUGCAAAUCGAGUUAUAAGUUGCAAAACGGUUGUUCACCGCGGAUUUUGUGGCAAAGCGAGUUUUAAAUUGCAAAAUAAUCACAACAGGGUUAUAAGUUGCAAAAUAAUCGCACUUGCGACUUAUUGCCCAGUUUACAGACGCAUACAUACGUGAUCAUACGCGCGAUUAGACGAAGGAAAGUUAAAACAAUGUAAUAUAAUGAAUAUAAUGAAUCGCGCAAAGUGUAAUUACUACAUAUUGGAACGGAAGGCGGUACGAUGAUUGUUCACGUCGAAACACACGAUGUACCGUAAUCAACAAACGUUACGCGUCUUUCUAUUUUACAUUUCUAUUUGCUUCCUCAACAAGUCUUCGAUUCGGCAAAAUUUCUCUAACAACUUAGCUACUGUUGUGAUUACAAUACGGGCAGAUAUUGAAUCACGAGCGAGAAGUCAGUGUUGAUGACCGCGAGAACUUUUUGUUAUCGGUGAUAUCCAUUAACGAUUACAAUAGAGUGAUCUCUGAUAUAUUCAGCGCGCUGUCUUUUGCUUGACCGAGGUAACGAAAGCAAAUAAUCUGCCAGAUAGUUAUGGUUGCCGUUGACCACAUUGUAAAAUGAACAACCAGAGCAGACCGGCAAGACCAGGCAAUUAUAUCUGCUACGAUUUGAUAAUUUAUUUCUUUUUUGUGUCACUGUUGCAAAGAUACUGUAAUGAAUUAAGCUAAAUGUGCGAUCUUGUUGAUCAAAUGAUCUGUCGCCCACUGCAUAUUAAUUUGAUCGCUCAAAAUCGCAUACGAUUGCGUCAUAGUCUAAUAUUACGGUCCCCCUUCAUUUUUAUUAUCUACUUAAUAUACAAACGUAAAUGGGUUCAAUGUAAUAACAAUUGUUUCGCCAAACCAAUUUAAUCUGCGAAAUGUUCCCAUUUACAAACUACGAAAAAAAAAUCUGCUCUUAUUCUUAUUAGCUUCUACUUGUUUUGCUUAUGGCGAUCCUUUUGAAAAUUCUUUUGGCAAUAUUACGUAGACUAAGAAGAAACUACUUAGUCUUACUGCGCUGUAAUUGGAAACAUCGAUAGAUCCAUUUUAUGGAGUCUAUUUUGCGAAAUGUAUUUUAUUCAACUUUCGAAAGAGUCAAUUAGCCCGUGCUAAGAAGCAAGCAUUUAAGAUCUUUUCAUUUUAUAAAACAUUUUACAAGCCUAUUCUAAUCUAAUCAAAAUUAUUUCCCACUGAAACUACUUAGUGCUCUCAAAAUAAUUGAUAAACGAUGUUUGAAUAUUUCAAAGACUUUAAACGAAAACACUCGUCCAUUUAGUGAUAUUCAAAAUUUACAAUAUUACGUGCUGCACUUGACUCUUUCUAAAGAAUGAUGUUUAUGCGAAAUAUAUAAACUUAAAAAAAAGUGGGCUUAAAAAAUCCAAAAAAAAAAGACGAAAGAAACAUUGAUUAGCAAUGUUAUGUGAACAGACUGAAGAACGUGGUAAUUUUAUAAUCUUUACCUCUCUUGCAGCCGUACCUGUAUUGCCGUUCUUAUAUUCCAAAUUACAGACGAGUCUCCUUUUUGCGAAAAAAAAAAAAAAGAAAAAAUGCUGGAAAAUAAGUUGAGUAUAUCCGUGGCGCGUUUCGCAGCUGCAAGUUGCCAAAGUAAAUGUUUUUUUUUACUUUGGUAUCUUUUACCACGUCUUCACGUCUGAUCCAUGAGGUAUAUCCAAGUGCGGUUCGCGCAACUAAUCUUGGAUAUAACAAGGAGUGCCCUUGAUAUGAAAGUAAGCGAAUGUAAUUCGUGCGAGCGUAGAAAUACGAUUUCGGAGGUAAAUGUGUUAACAUCCGGGUAACAUGCGAGAAUUGCGGAGGACUCUCUGUCCCCAAUCCCAUCCGGGGUGAGGGUAACAAAUUUCUUACUUCUCAAUGUCUACGAUUUAAAUCGUAAGUGUGAAGGGGAACAUCUUGAGAACGAGCUCUCUAACAGCACAUCUCGUAGAUCUCGUACCUUCGCCUGAAUUAUUUCCAUUGGGUUAACCCAAUGCGGCGAACUGCGUGCAAGCACAUUCCCAACAAACGAACCGAGAAUUGAUUGCAUCGGAAGUUCAACAUCCAAACGAACAAUCUUUCCGCGUUUGAAUAACAUACGCAGUUCGAUUAAUAAUAUUGGAAUUAGAUCUCCAAUAUUCGUGAAAAAAAAAAACAAAAAAAAAUAUAAUUCGUUCGAAAUAUAAAACAAUAUCAGUUUAUCCACUUUACCGUUUUGUUAAAGAACUUACUAUUAUUAUUAUGUACACUUGUUUAAAUUGCGAAAACCAAUCAUCAAAAUGGCAUACCUGAGCUGCUAAUAUAAUGUGAUACUAUUUUGUUAUUAUUAUUAUUAAUAUUGCUACUAUUAUUAACGAGGUAUGAACGAAAGAAUUUUUCGACAAUAUGUAAUGGACAUCGAUUUAUUUUGUGACGUUGAAAUCUUGAGUUUCAGUUGUUCGUAAAUUGCAAGCAGCAUAAGAUUGCGAAAUUGCUCCCCACAUUCUAGAACCACCUUUGCUGCGUUUGUAUUUUAUAAUUGAUGCAAUUAGGCUUACACAGUUAAGGAAACCGGAAAGUGCGUCCCUAAAUGGGUAAUACGGCAAAAAUGAUUUCGCGGUAUUAUGCAGCUUACGUAUGUGUUUACAAAUAACUCGCGGCUCACGCGUAAUUGUGCGCAGAUGAAAUACUCUCUCUGUAUUUCUGAUUUUUAUGUACAUUUGUCAGGACAAUUACUCUCGUUAGGUGUUACCGUUUUGGAAGCAAUCUCUAAGCGGUAUAAAACAAAAUUAUACAAAACAGUUUUCUCGUUCUAAGUAACGUUAUUUUUCUUUCUCCAAAUUGUAAAGAUGGGUUUGCGCGUGACUAUGAAAAAAAAAAAAUUUUUUUUUAUUUGUCUUCGCCAUUUCUGUUUGCUCAAACCCAUUCUAAUGAGUCGUAUGUCAAUUUUGUUUCCUUGAAGAGACAGAAUAGCAAAACUGUCUCUUAAUAAAAAUUCUGUUUCAGUACACACAA